ACGCAGCGACUGGAGGACGACUCGAGGUUGAGCCAGGAGCAUCCAGAAGCUCUGGGAUGGACAACCAGACGUCGUCUGCUCCUGUAAAGGAUUCAUGCACGUACCAUGAAGAGUUCAAGCAGAUCCUGCUGCCAGUGGUGUAUUCCGUGGUCUUCGUGGUGGGGCUGCCCUUGAACUUUGUGGUCAUCGUCCAGAUCUGGCUGUCCCGGAAGGUCCUGACUCGCACCAUGAUCUACAUGCUGAACCUGGCAGUGGCCGAUCUGCUCUACGUCUGCUCCCUCCCGCUUCUGAUCUACAACUACUCCCAGAAGGACUACUGGCCCUUUGGGGACUUCACCUGCCGCUUCGUGCGCUUCCAGUUCUACACCAACCUGCACGGCAGCAUCCUCUUCCUGACCUGCAUCAGCGUCCAGCGCUACCUGGGCAUCUGCCACCCGCUCUCCACCUGGCACAAAAAACGGGGGAAAAGGUUCACUUGGGUCGUGUGCGCCCUGGUCUGGAUUGUGGUCACCGCUCAGUGCCUGCCCACUUUCCUCUAUGCGUCCACCGGCAUCCAGAGGAACCGGACCGUGUGCUACGACCUGAGCACGCCGGAAAACUCGGCCAGGUACUUCCCUUACGGCAUCGCCCUGACCGUCACGGGGUUCUUGAUCCCCUUCGUCUUCAUCGUGGGGUGCUACUGCAGCAUGACCAAGAUCCUCUGCCAGAAGGACGAAAUGAUCGGGCUGGCCGUCCGCAAGAAGAAGGACAAAGCCAUCCGGAUGAUUGUCAUCGUGGUCCUGGUCUUCGCCAUCAGCUUCUUCCCCUUCCACCUGACGAAGACCAUCUACCUGAUCGUCCGCUCCUUUCCCGAGGUCCACUGCCUUACCCGUCAGGCCUUCGCGAUCACCUACAAAUGCACCCGUCCUUUUGCUAGCAUGAACAGCGUCCUGGAUCCCAUCCUCUUCUACUUCACCCAACGAAAGUUUCGGGAAAGUACUCGGCACUUACUGGAUAAAGUCAGUUCCAAGUGGAAGCACGAUUCUUGAUGGACAGAACGGGUGGCAUCUGGAAGAGUAUCUGCUCCCGCACCAAGGACAGGCCAGGGGUCUUCCGCUUUGGCACCAUCCCGUAGGCAGCCUCUUCUGUUCUUGGCAUCCUGUGGCCCAACCAGCAGCAGAAAAGGGCCCAUGGUCAGCUGGAGCUCAGAGGGCCAGCUCUGGAGGCAACGCCAGCCUCUGCAGAAGGUCCCUUCCCACGGAGAAGAGGAGCGAUAUUGUGUAAAUCCUGGCCUGGCCAUCCGUUCCUCUCUCUCUUAGGUUUGUGGCUGUCAUGAACUGUUCCUAACGUUUGGAAGGUGAUUCACUCCACAUCUGGCUGGGGAGACCUCUGGAUCCACCAUCUGUGGGAAGAGAGGCUACGCAGCAAAAUUAGAAGCAGAAACACCGAAGGCUGCUUUUAUCAAGUACCCUAACUGACACCGUUCGAAGGAAAAUCCCAAGCUAAUAUUUUUAACCAAACAGUCCAGAGGGGUCUCGAAGUCACAGCCCCGCAGCAAUACUUUGUAGGUGCUGACCUUGACAAAAUGAAUACUUUUACCCAGUCAUAAAGCCAAAUAUUGGCCUUCUGGUUAAUGAAAAACGUGGCCAGCUAAGUGCCAAAGUGAAAUGGCCCUGUUUCACAGCAAGGUGUUUGUUGGUUUUCAAUUUAAUAAAUGUACAGUGAAUGACAUACCACGAUACUCUUCAGCAGUGACUGACUAGAGAUUUUGGUAUCAAUGUAUGAAACGUCUCCAGAGCGGUGGCCUGUGAGCUCAUGAACUUGUCCCGAUGUGGCCUGUGAGAUACAUGGAUUUAAGGCCCUCCUGUGGGAGGGGGGGUCAACUACAGGAUCCAGAAGGGAUUAAAUACCCUGCUAAGAGCUCCUUAAGGGUCUCCAAACGUUACCCAUGGAUGGAUCCUUGAGAAGGGAUUUUGAUCGUGCCCACUAGGGUCAAAGCGUGUGCAGCGCCUUGCACAAGCGCUCUCCAUGCUGUACGCAUCCUGACAAAUCCUCCCAGCAACCAACUGGAAAUGGAUUGUGACUUAAAAGAAUGUUAUUUAUGCACUUAGUUUUAAAACGGGGCUUGGAUGCAGAGUUGGGCUGCCCCCAAAUUCUACCCUUGUGUCUUCUGGGUCUCCUGGCUCCAAGAAGUGUCUUGAGAAAAUGUACAUUGAGGUUUUAUUAUAUACAAUAAUUAAUAUAUAUGUGAAAUAUACAUUGGAUAUAUGGAUGCUGUGUUUCUUCCCUUCGCAUCCUUGGCCCAUCGCUCUUUGCUUUGGGGUGUGGUGUCUGCAGCUAGACUGCAGAAGGAUGGACCUUGUCAAGAAAGUAGAUCAAAUCUUCAGGCAUGAGCUCGGCCCAGCAGCCACUGGCCACUGUGGGUCACGGAUGGCCCUUUGCAGAUGCAUCCAGGGGGUCCCAAAACCAACAUUGCCUCCAUUCAGAUACAUUAAAAAUACAGUCCCCAAAUGCACGUUUGGGAUGCAGGUGAAUCUGAAAGGACCGAAAGAACAGUCUGGCCGGAUGAAUCGUAUUUAAUUAAUUGAAUCCUUUGAAUAAAAUGCAAACAGGCUGCGACUGUUCAGCCCAGAAAGGACAGUGACGUGCCGGCUGCUUUUCGUUUCAACUUCGGCACCCCCAUCAGGUGGAAAUUCCUACUUACAGUUCAGCAGCCUGUAAAGUGGUGAAGGGAGCCAGGAAGAGGCUUUUUAAAGAACGCAGUCGCCAUGACUGGCAGAGAAUUUCUCAUUUGCAGCAGUCAAGCUUUGGCGUGCCCUAGGAUGCAAGCCAUGGUUACUGCCCUUCUGACAGACACAUUGCAGACCUCCAAGGCGGCAUUCACACAACACGCCUAACCGGACUAGUGAGAUGGCGAAGGGCUGUAUUUGCAGCAUCUGCUAAGCUUGGUUGUUUCUAACACCGAUGCGUUGUUGGUUAAUUAGCACAUUCUGCAAACCUUUCCUGUUCGGUUCGUUUCUUACUCGAUCUCUUGCGCAAACCCUGAAUAUCGGGUGACUUGGUAACCAGGUUAAAUAUGUUGUGUGAAUGCAGCCACAGAAAUUUAUUUAUUUAUUUAUCGUAUUUAUAUAGCCGCCCAUCUCACACAAAGUGGCAAAUGGAAAGGGGAUUGGGGGAUUUUGUUGAGGUUGACCAAGAAGGGCUCGUAUUUCUCACUCCUUUGCAGAAACCAAUUUCUGCAGCCAAUUUGAGCAACUAUCGAAAGACCUCCAAAACUCCCAUUUGGGGCACGAUCCUGCACCAAAUGGCGAUUGGAGUAGAUUGACUUUGGCGUCCUUUUCAACAUUAUGUCUCUAGGAUCCUGUGAUUUAUUAGAUGUGCUAAUGCAAGAUGCUUUCCUAAGACCCACCGGCUGCAUUUGCAUAUCCCACUGAGCUUGGUCCCUUUUGUGGUUAAGCAUGUUUUACAAACGCAGCUCCCCCUUGGUUAGUGUAUUGGUCGUUGUCUUCUGCAAAUCCACAAAACAGGUGAAUUCAGUACCUAUUGUUGUGUGGUAUGAACCAAGCGUCUCCUUUUGCCUCCUAUUCCGCAACAUCUUUGAGUUUCGGGUUGAAAACUGCAUUGCAAACUUGGGGGGGAGGGAGAAGGGGAAUAUUGAGAUAGAGAUGGCCCCAGAUUUUGGGGAUUGCAGAUUGAGCACAGGUGGUCCUCAUUUAACAACCAUUCAUUUAGUGACCGUUCAAAGUUACAAUGGUGCUGAACAAAGG